AUGUCUGGUCGCGGCAAAGGAGGCAAGGGCUUGGGCAAGGGCGGCGCCAAACGCCACCGUAAGGUGCUCAGGGACAACAUUCAGGGCAUCACGAAGCCGGCGAUCCGCCGUCUGGCCCGUAGGGGCGGCGUCAAGCGUAUCAGCGGGCUCAUCUACGAGGAGACUCGCGGCGUGCUGAAGAUCUUCCUGGAGAACGUGAUCCGUGAUGCGGUCACCUACACCGAGCAUGCUCGCCGGAAAACUGUGACGGCCAUGGAUGUUGUCUAUGCUUUGAAGAGGCAGGGGCGUACCUUAUUGUUUUCGACAAAGGUGAAGCCAAUUGAUCGUGAAGGAACAACUGCAGUGGGUAUUCAUCACUACCGUGUCGAGAUCAUCGCCGAUGACCAGGCCAACAGGACCACGCCGUCCUAUGUCUGGCUCCCGGACACCGAGAGGCUCAUCGGUGAAGCUGCGAAGGACCAGCACCACCGUGUCGAGAUCAUCGCCAAUGACCAGGGCAACAGGACCACGCCGUCCUAUGUCGGGCUCCCGGACAUCGAGAGGCUCAUCGGUGAUGCUGCGAAGGACCAGGUUGCUAUGAAUCCGACCAACACUGUUUUGGAUGCAGAUCAAAUGUCCAACGAUGUCGAAAACCCUGAUAAAGAAAACACAUCACCCGGGCCCCUCUCCUCUUGUUGUGAUGCCUUGAUCAAACAUGCCUCAGUUUACGGAAUAGCCGCGGGCUAUUGCAUCUCGGCCUCAUUACUAUCGAUCAUCAACAAAUGGGCUGUGAUGAAAUUCCCAUACCCUGGAGCCCUAACUGCACUGCAAUACUUGACUAGUUUCAUGGGGGUCGUCAUUUGCGGUUGGCUCAAGUUAAUCGAACACGACAAGCUCGACCUUCUCACGAUGUGGCGCUUCUUGCCAGCCGCUUUUAUUUUCUAUCUGUCGUUAUUCACCAACAGCGAGCUUCUCCUUCACGCGAAUGUCGACACCUUCAUUGUUUUUCGUUCGGCCGUGCCCAUUUUUGUUGCCAUUGGCGAAACCCUUUACUUGCACCAGCCGUGGCCAGCUCUGAAGACUUGGCUCUCGCUCGCCACUAUAUUUGCCGGUAGUGUGCUUUACGUGAUAACCGAUUACCAGUUCACGCUCGCAGCCUAUAGCUGGGCUCUCGCGUAUUUGGUGAGCAUGUCCAUAGAUUUUGUUUACAUCAAGCAUGUCGUGAUGACAAUCGGGUUGAACACGUGGGGGCUCGUGUUGUAUAACAAUCUCGAGGCUCUACUGUUAUUUCCUUUGGAGUUGCUUGUGAUGGGGGAGUUGAAGAAAAUCGAGCGUGAUAUCUCGGAUGAUGGGCCUUACUCGUUUGGGGUGGUUUUGCCAGUUGGGUUGUCGUGUUUGUUUGGGCUGGCGAUCUCGUUUUUCGGGUUUUCGUGCCGUAGGGCGAUCUCAGCCACAGGGUUCACAGUUCUUGGGAUAGUGAAUAAGCUUUUGACGGUGGUGAUAAAUUUGGUUAUUUGGGACAAGCACUCAACGGUUGUGGGGACUGUGGGGCUCCUCAUUUGCAUGGCAGGUGGAGUUAUGUAUCAGCAGUCAACGAGCGGUAAGCCGAAAGCCAGCAGUGAAGUUGUUAAGGUCGGUGAGAGUGAUGAGGAAAAGCAGAAGCUGAUCGAAUUGCAAACUGUAGGUGGCCAAAAGGGCGAUGAAGAUGAAGAAGCCCAAGGAAAAUCAUAG